AUGGUCAACUUAGCCGCCUACUACCGCAUCCUCCACCACGGGCUUCUCCUCGUCGACAAUGUUGCUGAUGUCGCCACCCCGCAACAGGCGCUGAAGGAACAGUACAAUAUCAUCAACUUCUUGGGUGGUUCUGGCCCUUAUAAGCAGGCCAAAGGGUUCGGUAUUGACCCUAAUCCACCUGACCAGUGUACCGUCGACCACAUCCAGCUUGUCAGUCGUCACGGGGAGCGUUUCCCUUCGAAGGGCGAUGGUGUUCGCUUCGAAGCCAUCUGGAAUAUCAUCUCCCAGUAUAAGAAAGACCACGGCCCGUUAAAGGGAGACCUUUCAGUGUUCAACAACUACAACUAUUUCGUCAAUAACAAGGACUACUACGAAAAGGAAACUGACAGAGAUAACGCCCAGCUGCCGUACUUAGGGCUUGACGACGCCUACUUGCACGGCCAAGUGUUCCGCAAAAAGUACGGCCACUUGAUCCCUAAGAACCAAAAGUUCCCUGUGUUCUCGCUGAACUCCGACAGAUGUUUCCACACUGGGGAAACGUUCACCCAGGCGUUCCUCGAUACUGACGACUUGCUGAACGUUGACUUUGUCGUCAUCGCUGAAAACAGCACUUACGGCGCCAACUCGUUAACUCCCCGGUUAGCGUGUAACGUCGACGGCGAAAACCACGACGCCAUCAAAAAAUACGACUUGCUGUACCAGGACCGCAUCAUCCAACGCUGGCAACGAGACAACCCCGGCUUGAACCUUACGGGGUCCCAGACGGCGAGCAUGAUGUUGUGGUGCGGGUUUGAGAUCAACGUCAAGGGGUGGGGUCCUACUUGUGACUUGUUCACCACCGAAGAGUGGAUCCGCAACCAGUACCGUGGCGAUGUCGGCAACUACUACCAGAUUGGCCGCGGCAACAAGGUGGGCCGCGUCGUCGGUUCCCAGAUGGCCAAGGCCAGUUUCAAGCUUUUGAACGACACCACUGCCGCCAACCAGGUCUACCUCUCGUUCACCCACGACACCGACGUCGAAUUCAUGCUUACGUCGCUUAACAUCGUCGACCCCAAGGAAGACAUCCCCGUCGACCACGUCCCCUUCCCCAACCCCUACCUGGCGGCCGAGAUCGUCCCCAUGGGCACCAGACUCUACAUCGAGCGUCUCAACUGUAGCAACGAGCACUACGUGCGCUUUGUGUUGAACGAUGCCGUGGUGCCCAUCCCCUCGUGCCAGAACGGUCCCGGGUUCUCGUGUAAGUUGCUGGACUACGCAAACUACUUGAACAGCCAAGUGGGUGACGUCGACUUCAACCGUGACUGUAACGCCACUGGUCCUAACGAACUUACCUUCUACUGGGACUACACCUCGGUGACCUACGACGCCCCCCUCAUCGACCAAUAA